UUGUCUUCUCUCUCCCUCCCUCUCUCUCUCAAUCCAAAUACCAAAAUGAUGAAGCAAGCGUGAAUGGAGUUGGACGAACGUGUUUCAAGUCCCACGCACAAUACAACUCGUCGGUGAAGCCCAAAACAUAAGCUUGCAUAUCUCGUCAGCUUCUCGAUCCCACCGUUUCUCCGGCCAACUACCGGCCACAUUGUCACUGGACCCUCACUUUCCCCGUUUUGCAACUUCCUCCCGUCUGUGCAUAUUUUCUUUCUGGCUCUCUGAAUUCCUCCAAUUUUUAGCUUUUUGUCGAUGCUUCCCUUUCGAUCUCCUCAUUCUUGAAUCUCCCGCUUCUUCCGCCCUGUCCUAUCUCAAUCUAUCAGCUUUUCUUUAUGGAUUUGUAGCCAAAUAAGCUGUUGUCUUCAUUGCCUCCGUACCGCUUUUAGCAUCCGUCUACUUCUGACAGUCAUGAUCUGUAUUUUGCUGUUCGGGAUCCUGAAAAGAAUUCUACUUGGGGGGGCUUUCUUAAAGAUUGGGAUUUCGUUUCACUCUUGAGUUCUGUUGAUUCUUGUAUGAGAGCUCUGCUUCGAUUGGUGAAAUUUUGACCCUUCGGGUGUGCAAUAGUGAUUUCACUACUUUGGCGUCAGUUGCUGGGAACACUGGCGUUUUGAGGUGCGGAUGAAUGGACUUGGUUAUUCAUGCUAUGUGACUGCCAUUUUUCAACUUUGAGCUUCCGGAUUUUCUUGUUCGUGUUCCCUUCUUUCUUUCUCUGCCCGCUUGUGUCGCUUGAUAGCUCGGGCUCUGAUAUUGAGGCUCGAGAUUGAAGUCGACUGUGCAAGACAUAUUAAUAAACUCCGAUAUAAGUCGGUCAAGUUGCUUUCUGGCUGUUGAAAUGAAGAUUCAGGACAGUAAAUUUCACAAUAAUGAAAAGCCGUUUCCGGGAUGCUUGGGAAGAAUGGUAAACCUCUUUGAUUUGACUGCCGGUGUGACCGGAAACAGGCUGCUUACUGAUAAGCCACAUCUUGAUGCUUUUCCACUUUCAAGGAGUCAAUCAGAUGUUGCGAGGAUUGCAAGACCUCCUUUUGGUGAUCAGCUGGAGGAUAAAAUGAUUGUUUCUGAUUUGAGGAGAUCGUCAUCAAAGAACAAAAUAAAUGGAACGCCUAUCAAGAUGCUAAUAGACCAAGAAAUGUCAAAAGAAGUUGAUUCCAGGCACAGCCCACCGAAUGUAGUUGCCAAGUUAAUGGGACUUGAAUCCCUCCCAUGGGAGGAGCCCAAUCUAGCCAUGCCAAGAGGCCAUAAAAAAGAUUAUUCUCAACAUAUAUGUGGUCAUUCAGGGAUGCCAUUCAAACACUGGCAGCUAGAAGAUAGAUUAAUGGACAAGGAAAUGCUGAGUGAAGUUCGUGAGAGCCCAGAAAAGAUUGAAUGCAAAGAUAUUUAUGAGUUAUGGAGGCAACCUCAGAGGACAGCAAAUGUUAGAGACAAGACGGCAGAGAAAGGAAUGUGGACUGAAGAUGUUAAUGAGAAAAAAAUGGCUCUCAUUCGCCAGAAAUUUAUGGAAGCAAAACGUCUGUCUACAGACGAGAGAUUACGACAGUCAAAAGAAUUUGAAGAUGCCUUGGAAGUUUUAAGCUCUAAUAAAGAUCUGUUCCUCAGAUUUUUGGAUUCUCAAAAUCUUUAUGAGCUCCAGUCCACUCCACAACCACAACCUGCAACUAGGCGUAUCACCGUGCUCAAACCUUCAAAGAUGCUUGAUGAUGACGUUUCUGCUGUGAAGGAAAGGAAGAAUGAUAAACAGAACAAAAAACCAGCAAAUGUUGGUCAAGCAGCAGUAUGGAACAUGAACCAUGGAUAUUCUUCGCCCCCCCAGAAAGUUGAUGAUUAUCAAGUUCAACAUACUAGAAUUGUGGUAUUGAAGCCUAGUUCUGGUAAGACCAAUGAGCUUAAGGCUGUGGCUUCUCCAACUUGUCCAUCACCUCGAAGUUUGCAAAGUGGAAAUUUCCAUCCUGAAUAUGAUGUACGGGAAUCAAGGAAAAUAGCAAAAGAGAUCUCAUGCCAAGUGCAUAGAGAUCCAGUAGGCCAUCAAAGGGAUGAAGCUUUGCAUUCUUCUGUCUGUUCCAAUGGCUACACAGGUGAUGAGAGUUCAUUCAACAGAUCAGAAAAUGAUUAUGCUGCUGGAAAUUUUAGUGAAUUGGAGAUUAUGUCACCAUCUCCAAGGCACUCAUGGGACUAUGUUAACCGCUAUAAUGGUCCUUAUUCACCAUCAUCCUUCAGCCGUGCAUCCUAUUCUCCUGAGUCAUCAGUUUGCAGAGAGGCAAAGAAACGACUUUCUGAAAGAUGGGCCAUGAUAGCAUCAAAUAAAGGGCCUCAAGAACAACGGCAUUUGCGCAAGAGCUCUUCCUUGGGUGAGAUGCUCGCUCUUUCAGAUGCAAAAAAAUCUGUUUCAACAGAGGUUGAGGAUGGCAAUAAAGAACAAAAACCAAGGGAAUGCAGUAAUAAUAGCAAUGAAGAAAUACAGGUGACUGAUUCUCCUAAAAAUCUUGCAAGGUCAAAAUCUGUCCCCGCAUCUUCUUCUACUAUCUAUGAUUCUGGGCUUGGUGUUGGAGUCAGCGAGCACAAGGCUGGCAAAGUACAUGACUCGAAGGAUCUGACAAAGCCAAAAAGCAUGAAAUCAUUUAAAGGGAGAGUUACAAGUUUGUUCUUUUCAAGGAAUAAGAAAGCAACUAAGGAAAAAUCUAGUCUAUUGCAGUCUAAAAAUGAACCCCAAUCUACUAUCAGUGAAACAUCAGUAUCUCUAGCAAAUUCUCCUGGAAUUAUUAGGGAUAACACACCUCAAAGCAUCAGCACUGGUGGAUUUGGAGAGCGUCCUCUUCCUACUCAAUAUGAAUUAUCAGGCAAAACUUUAACUGAUUCACAUUCCAAGGGACAAGGCAUGACAUCUUUAGAGCGUGGAUUGACUGGGUCACAGCCCAUCAUGCCUGGGAUAUCAAGUGAAAACCAGGACCAACCAAGUCCAAUCUCAGUUUUAGAGCCCCUGUUUAGAGAUGAUCAUGCAGCUCAGGAAUCAUUGGAUUCUAUAAAGGCCGGCCACAUGGGAACAGGGGUGCCUCUGAAUUCUAAUUUAAUUGACAAAUCACCACCUAUAGAAUCAAUUUCUCGGACCCUGUCAUGGGAAGAUUCUUGUGCAGAGGUUGCUACUCGGUAUCCUCUGAAGUCCUUGACAGUUUCCAUAGACCCAAAGGUAGAGGAGCAAGACUGGCUUGUCUCUGUACAGAAAUUACUAUUGGCUGCUGGACUUGAUGAUCAAGUGCAGUCAGACUCGUUUCACUCUAGGUGGCAUUCCCUUGAUAGUCCAUUGGAUCCAUCAUUAAGAGACAAGUAUGCCAACAGCGAAAAGGAGCCUCUCCAUGAGGCCAAACGAAGACACAGGAGAUCAAAUCAGAAGCUUGUAUUUGACUGUGUCAAUGAUGCACUAAAGGAGAUUACUGGUUAUGAAUCAGAAAUAUACUCAAUGGGCAGAAUGUGCAGUAGGACCCAUGGCAGUGCCCCAGAAGGUACAUCUCCCCUACUAGUGGACCUGAUAGUGACCCAAAUAAAGGAAUUAAUAUCUAGUGAGGUGCAUUGUGUUUGGGGAGAUUGUGGGGACGGCAACAGCCUGGUGGUAGAGAGGUUUGUCAGGAAAGAGGUUGUGGGAAAAGGGUGGAUUGAACUGCUGGGACUGGAGACGGCUAAUCUAGGGAAGGAGAUAGAAGGGAAAUUGCUUGAGGAGCUUGUGGAGGAGGCUGUGGUGGAUUUGACUGGUAGGACCCAAUGAGGUUUCUCUAUGUCUUAUUUUUGUUUUCUAUUGUAACUAUAAAUUGUGUAAUUCAUAAUUAGCACACGUUGGUACUCACCAAAUUUAUUAAACGCUACGAAAUUGUUUGAAAUGGUUUUUUAUUUGAUCAAUGUGACUCUGUAACUUAAAUGGUUGUGGAUGCCAAUACCGCCUUGUAAUUGUUUUUAUGCCAAAAUAAUUCAGUGUUACAUUUGGGAUAAAA